UGCUAAAACGUGAACAAGUGCGCAUCGUCGCUACGCAGAAGAAACGAGAUUUUUUCGCUGUUGGAGUUUCGUCGCGUGCUCACUCACGGGAUUGUUUUGAUUUUUCCGCUCUCGCAUUUGCAAAACCCGGCGAAGCUGGCUGCCGGGAAAAGCGUCGCGCGUGUGUCACCGACGACGACGGAGGAAAACUGUUGACGAGGUGUGGGUGUGUGCGAGUGGUGGACGGCCGGUGUGCAGGAGUGGGCCAGGAAAACAAAAAGGAAAAAUCUCUGUGAGCCACGAGCAAGUGAAUGAGGUGAAUACACACGAGCGGCAUUGUUCUUGUUCUUUUUCGUGUGUUCAGUGGAUUACUAGGAUCGGGCUCGUGGAAACUCGAAACACUCAGAUACUCGCGACGUUGGCACCGAACCCAGUGAAAAAAUAGAAGCGCAGUGUGCUGAUAUUUUCAGUUAUUUACAGUUUUUUGUUUGUUUGCCGGAAUAUUCGUUUUUGUGUUUGUUGUGUUACACGUACUCCAGCACACAUAGGAAAGCAGAAGAGCCCGCUUUUUUUGUUGAUGUUGUGCUUCGGAUGAAAAAUAUUUGAACAAGUAAAACUGUGUUGUAAGGACAUAAAAGACAAUUAUUAUUGAUGUUGUAAUAAAACAUUUUCAAUUUCUGUACCGACAUUGUUUUGCUGUCUGGAAUGAAACACUGAACUUUUUUUUAUGAAAUCGGAAGAAAGUGAAAAAAGUGUAUUAUAUAUAUGCAGUUUUUCGUAUUACACAAGUGAAACCAACAAUGAACAUGGAGAAUUAUGAGUGAUUUUCAAUUACGAUCGGCCUUCGAAUGACAAAAUUGAAAGAACGGAGCCUGCUGUAGUAUAUGCAGAGUAGUAGUUCAGUGACCGAACAGGAAACACUGAAAUCAUGCUGGUUCCGGCAAGCAUGAUACAUCUUAGCACGUCGGGCUGUCCCGAAGGUUGCAACGGUGUGUAGUGGAAGGAUCGUACGUAGCCGGAAGUCAAGUGUAAUCGACAACAAGGCAACAUACCACUCCUAUGCGAACCCUUGAAAAUCGUCAGCGGUCCUGUUAUGUUGUGUUUGAUUCUUAUUUGCUGUUCUGACUAGUGAAAUGAUGUAAUUUAUUCGUUCGUGAAUGGAUACCAAGUUUCGGCGAAUGUGACACAGAAGAGUACAAGUGAAGAGAUUCUGUUUUUAAGUUUGUACCUGUAGGAUUUAGUCUUUAAGUUCGGUGGAACACUCCGGCCGUAGGUUCCAAACUGUCUCAACAUUGUCAGUAUAAUCAUCAUCGCAUUCUCCAAAGUAGAGAGUGAGGACGGAAACGUGCUCACAAACGCUCUCUCACCGGACGACGUUAGAUAAUAUGGCCGCGUAUGCUCAAUUUGGUUACACAUAUCCGUCGGCAAGUCAGUUGUUGGUUGGUGGUGGACAGACGACAACCGCCAGUUCACAGUCACCAAUCUCGGCCACGAACGCUCCAUCAUUGAGCCCGGGUGGUUCGGCAACAGGCGCGCCAUCAGGUGCCUUAAGCCCCGGGGCUGUCUCACAAACCUCAAACAAUGCGCCACCGGCAACCUCCUGCUGUGAGAAUGGCAGGCCUAUUAUGACCGAUCCUGUAUCAGGACAAACCGUAUGCUCCUGCCAAUAUGAUUCGGCCCGGUUAGCACUGUCCAGCUACUCCCGGAUACCAACCGGUAGUGUUGGUGUGUACGGUACACCAUAUCCUUCAACCGAGCAGAACCCAUACCCGAGCAUUGGCGUAGAUAGUUCAGCAUUUUAUUCACCUCUUAGCAACCCGUAUGCUUUAAAGGAAAGUGGACCAACUAGUGAUAUGACCGCGUGGACAUCCGCCGGUCUGCAACCUACGACCGGAUACUACCCGUACGAUCCCACUCUGGCGGCCUAUGGAUAUGGCGCUGGUUAUGAUUUAGCGGCCCGCAGAAAGAAUGCAACCCGCGAGUCAACCGCAACGUUGAAGGCGUGGCUCAACGAGCACAAAAAGAACCCGUACCCGACCAAGGGCGAGAAAAUUAUGCUAGCCAUCAUUACUAAGAUGACACUGACACAGGUGUCCACCUGGUUCGCCAAUGCCCGGCGGCGGCUGAAAAAGGAGAACAAGAUGACGUGGGAGCCCAAGAAUAAGACAGACGACGACGAUGAUGCGAUGGUGUCAGACGACGAGAAGGAUAAGGACGACAUGGAUCCGGACAAGAGUCGUGAUCACAAAGAUAUGCAUCAUCAUGUAAAGGCCGAGCACGACAAGGACGACGAUGACGAUGAUCUCACUGACGACGAACGGAAGCCGGAAAACUUAAUAGGGCAUCCGGGACAUCUGGGGCAGCACCAUCCGUACUACCACCAUUCGAUGCUCGGGGGACACCACCACCAUGCAGGACUCAAAUCAGAAAUGGACCAUCCAAAAAACCAAACGGGCAGCGACUGUGGAGUGCCGAUUCCAGCCUCAAAGCCGAAAAUUUGGAGUCUGGCAGACACAGCCGCUUGCAAAACCCCACCACCACAGGCACUACACAGCUCCUGGAUGACCGGCGGCUAUCACCCAGGACAGCACCACCAACAGCAACAGCAUCAACAACAACAGCACCAUCUACAGCAGCAGCAGCAGCAACAGCACCUCCAACAGCAGCAGCAGCAACAGCAGCACCAGCAUCAACAGCAUGCGGGCAGUGGGAUGAUGAUGGGCGGCGGAAGCUCCCCUAUGAGUAUGAAUAUGGCAAAUACACCUCACAAUCAAGGUAUGGGGACUAUGGGCAGUGGUAUGAUGAACAAUUUCGCGAGUACCCCUUAUUCCCGUUAUGGGGGGUUUCUAACAGGAGCUCAACACUACAAUACUACCCACAACAACAACAGCAGCAGCAACACCACCAACAACAGUACCAACAGCAAUACGAGUACGGGUCCAGUGACGGAUGCUACAACGCCCACUUUGCAACAACAGCAGCCGCAGCAGCUUCAGCAACAGCACCCACAGCAAGGGAUGCUCCAGCAGCAGCUACCCCAACAAGCUAUGAACACCAACAACAAUACCCAGUCGAUGGGGUUUCCCGAGGUUCAGACCGACACCCCUCCUCAAACCCCGCCGAAUAUGAAGUUGCCCAGCGUGGCGGGGAACCUUCUUACGGCCUCAACAACCCCUACGACAGGUACCUGCUAUAAUACCGCUGGCAAUCCCAAUAGCAACAACAACAACAACAACCUCACCCCUAAUAACAACAACCUAAAUCAAACGAACGGCUACGCGUCCUCGCCGGAAUCGAUGGGACAGUCCAACAAUCAGCAAGGACAACAGCAAAACACCUACUAUCGAAUGCAAUCAAAUUCACCGCAAAAAUCCCAGCAAGACUAUUCGCAGCAAAUGCUUCAUCAGCAAGACGGUUUCAAGCCGUUCUACAAAAACACACCACAAGUCGGCAACGGUUUCGUUUCUCCAGUUUGAGCAGCAUCAGUAGCAGCGUACGCAUUCGGAAGAUUAGAGGAAGAGCUGAUGAGAUUUAGUGAGAAUACCACCGUUCGACAUCCUUAGUUGGUCGCAUAAUUCCACCACAUACGAAACACGAGCUUUCAGGUUUUCUGGUUUCUGCGCACGCACACAUACACACUGAGGCGUCACAUUUUCGGCUGCUCCGAGUAAAAGCGUUGAAAGGUACCCAUCAAACCCACGGAAUUCACUGCAAGCAUAAGACGAACUACUAAUAUUCAUCACAAUGUAAACAGGAGCACCACACAACAAGUCAUCUGUUUCGAUCAGAUCAUUACAAUACAACAAUUGAAGUCAAUCAACUCGGAGAACCACGUGUGCAACAGGCUGCUCACUGUACCAAAAACCAUGGAAUAGACGCAACGAUUCUCUUCGCGCAACUGUUUUUUUUUUUGUUUUCAGUUUUCUCAUCACUCCAUACGCCACCCUCUUUUUCUCUCGCACCCGAGCAUUGUGCACUCUCACUCAGACAGAGCGGAACACUCACUAACUCUAAAGAACAAUACAUAAGGCAGAACUAUUUCUACUACUACAAGAGAUACUAACCCGAACGCUAAGAAGAACCCAAAUCAGUUGUAUACGAGAAUGAAUGGCAAACGUGUACUUUACUAACAGAUAGCCGACUAAUGUUUGAAACAAAUUGAGAUGACUUUUUCUAUCCCUACUGGAAACUGGGCUAUGUGCAAGAAAAGAAUGUUUAUAACGGAGCGAUAGACAUUUGUUUCCACGAUGUAAUCACUUUUUACUGGUAGUCUAAUUUUACCGGCUUUAAUCCUUAGAUACGAGAAAAACGAAAUGAUUGCUUCAUUUAAGUACGAACCGAUUUUCCUCCCAACUAAGACGCUACGUGCAAUUCUCUUCCCUUCCCAUAAUUAGUUCAGUGUCCAUGUGAGCACUGUUAUCGAAAGCUUUGUGAAGCAAAUCAGCAAAUCAAUCGAUUUAAUUUUCGGCCUUGUAUUAUAUUUCACCUAAUGUAAAAUCGAAACAAAAUGUUGAGAAACGCAUUUGUAAUCUGUGAUAACGAAAAAGUAUAUAAAAAUAUUGAACAUAUUUAACACUUUAACUUAAGACACUCUAAAAAUUUCUUUUAGUUUGUAUUUAGCGAAAAAUCUUUCUUCGGCGUACAGUUUAGUUUCCGUUCAAUUCGCUCGAGAGUACCAUCUCCAUUUGUCUCAUAUCAAUGCAAGUGAAAUCAAACCGUUGAAACCAUUUCCGUACAACUUUGUUGAUGUUUUGUAUAAAUGUACUGGAUGUUAAAGAAAAGGAAAAUAAGAAAGCAAUGAUCAAUACCCUAUGACACUUCAAUGCAGCACCGGCUUAGAAGUAAAGAUUUUCUACAUGCAAUCAGACGAGAAACAAAACAUACCGACGUGGAAUACCAAAUCUUAAUAACCAGAUCCACAAGAUUGUAUAAAUUUUACAUAGUUCAAAUCACUACUACUGAUCAGCAAGAAAUUGUACAUACAUUGUUUAAAAUUUUCCAUUAGACGAAAUAUCAUUCAGUAGCAGUUGGGCAUCGCUUGCCAAGUGUAAUGAAGUUUUGUACAUAGCAAUCCUUACAUCAAUUAUCAUCUUAAGGUUAAAGAAGACUCAUGAAGACAAACCGAUACAUGAUCAAACAAAAUUCAUUUCCCUUUUGUGUGAAAUUAGCAAACAGCGCUAAGCCUGGCAAACCAUGCCACCGUCUAUAGCAUUUCGAUAAGAAAAUUUAAAUACAAUCGAUUCACUACUUAAUACACAAAAUCCAUGAAUAGUCGACACGUCACAUAAACACACAAAAGCAUAUAUUCCGAACGAUUGGCAAAUUAACAGAAAUUCCUGAGUAAACUUUCCUUCGUUAAUCAUAUGUGAGCAAUACAGGAAAGUCAGAAUAAGGAAGUUUUGCUCUUAAAAAACAACUCUAACGGAUAAAUCCACAUGAAUGUACACUUUCAUCAUCCUUUGAUAGUAGGAAAUACUAGCCGGAAUGGAAGCGACGGUACACCUAUUAUAAUAGUUAUGAUAACAAAACAAAGCGAGAAAACUUAUAUAGUGAGGUAAUGCAUACAGAAAAUCAGAAAACACUAUAAAUUAUAUAUAUUUAAACGAAAAUCACUAGGAAAAUAGAAGUAAUAAUAAAACAA